AUGUUCCGCCACCCCUCGCUUCGGAGAUGGCUUCAGCUCAUACUCACACUCGGGCUGUUGAGCGUACUUGCACACGUCGUGCGGCGAUGGGAUGUAUCUCACCACACUGACUUCGGCCUCGCUGGCAUGUUCCAAUUCCCCCGAGAAGACCAAAGCACGCAUUUCACAACCGUCGACACCACCGCCUUCCAGGGCCCAUCUCCAGAUCACAGACAGUACUUGACGCCUCCACGACCGAUUCAGCCUGCCCAUCCACUCGUCCGCACCCUCGCGGCCUGCCCGAACGCGAGCACCGGCGGCACAUUCAACGCGAUAACUCGCCACAUUCGUUUUCCCAACGGGCUGUACAACAUCACAUUCACCCCUCCUGAUACGCUCCACGACCACGGCAUGCGUUUCUUCAAUCCGGCAAUCCUGCCCUUGCCGUACUGGUCAUCCGACUCUCCAGACGCUCACGGAGCCAAAUACGUCCUCAUAUCCCGUCUCGUCACGACAGGCCUGCAUCAAGAGUCACACGUGUGCCUUGCUGAUAUCUGCGUUCCCUCGUCACCGUCGACGACCGAGGCCGCCAACCAUCACCCGCCUUCCUCUCCCGCCGAUGACCACUACACCUCAGCCCUCCACCAGACGGUACCGAUACGCCCACGAGGCCCAUCCCAGGGCAGUCUGUCACCCGACGAUACACGGCCUUGCACCGACUCCGACACGACACUCCUUGGACCCCGGGGCGGUCUUCGCUGCGUCAUGGCACCGGUCAAGAUCAACAUCCCGCCCACGCCAGCGGAACAGUGCGAGGGCGCGUGGUCUGCGUUUCCUGAUCUUCCUGGUUUCCAUGACCCACGCGCAUUCUGGUCGGGGAAGGGUGAGCCGCUGAUCCUAGUCAACUCGGCGAGUCGUUACGGCUGUGCCGGACUGUGGAUGGUUGAUCUGCGGACGAUCUUCCCUGACCUUGAGAAAGUGCUGAACAGAGGAGGCAAGAGGAUGAUGGGGCAAGCGAUGAGUUACCCGCACCUCACUGAGAUCACGAGAAAUCCAAGACACAGUCGUUCAAGCGUUGAGAAGAACUGGGUGUUGUGGUUUCCGGAGCGUGACGAUGCGUACGUACAGUAUGAACUGCUUGGGAAGCCCCAGAAUGGCAGAAAAAAUGACAUUUCCACCUUUGCAGAUGCGGAUAAGGAAUCUGGGAUAAACAUCAACAGUACUAAGCUGAACAGCAACACAAACGCAAAGAUCAACGAACGGUUAAAAAACGGCACGUUAGAUGCGAGGAAUUUCGACAGUGCAAGGACACAACAAGGACGAGGACGGUCAUUCGCCAAACUCAUCGGCAGCGGUCUCACGAGCACAAACCUCACACAUACCGACGAGAUGCCUUGUUUCGGGCCAGAAGAUGUUGUCGACAGUCUAGGCAAUCACGGCCAUUGGCAUCAGGGCUCCAAUUCGCUUCGCUUGAUCCUUUGUACACGCGUACAAGUAAGGCGAGGCGAGUGCGCAGAAGACGUGGCAGUUGAAGAAGGGCGUUCCGUGCAUAUCGCGAUUGUCCAUCGGAAGUUCACUAACGACAUGAAAUUGCCAAUGCGAUAUGAAAGGUAUGUCGUUGUGUGGGAGAGUCGAGCACCGUUCCAGCUCCUGGCAGUGAGCAGGUGGCCACUGCUGAUGAGUAACGAGCGUGCACAUCCGUGGACAGCCGAACAGAACUGGCCGGAUGAAAACAUAGGAUGGAAUGCAUCAGGUCCAAGCAUGUGGGCACACAAGAGGACACAGGCCAGGAAGAGCAGUGACGGUCCCGUGACAGAAGCGUUACAGAGCAGUGCCUACUUCAUGUAUACACCGAGCCUGGCGUGGGCUUGGAGGCCACGUUCCACGUCAAUCGUCGCGGGACCGGAGGAUGAUGUUGACGUUGAGACCAUGUCUGAACUCGGCACAGGAUAUCUGGGAGAUGAUUUGAUUGUGGGGAUCGGCUUGGAUGAUGUAGAUCAGGCGUUUGCUAGAAUCAAGGUGGAUGACCUGUUGCACUGUAUGAGGAUUUGCCCUGGGGUUAGAUUCGACAAAAAAUAG